AUGGUUCCGAGAGAUCAACCUCCUCCGCUGAUCUCACCCUCUCGUGUUCACUUCCAUCAUCAAACAAACGUCGACACUACUCCCCAGCUUUCUCCUACAACAUAUCGUCUUCUACACUCGCACUCGCCAUCCUCUGGGCUGGGAAACGAAGCCGAUGACGAACGCUCCUCGCUGUCCUUGUCUUCCACAAGGUCCUCGCUCUACCGUCUGACGAGAUCAAUGUCUCUGGACAACCWCAAUUCCGACCCUUCGUAUCUUGGCGAAGAUACAAGACCAACUUCCAAAAAAGAACUACUCGGAUUCUACGCCUAUUCCUUCGCUGCAGAAGUGUUCGUCGUUUGCGGACUGGGAGCGUUUAUUCCUAUAACUUUGGAGGAUCUCGCCAGAGCUUCACCAUCAGCUGUUCUCGCCCACGACCAUAGCAGAUCAUGUAAAGCCCACGGGAUCGAGCGGUCCAUUUCCGCUGCUUCGUCGCCACUCUCUCUUCGCGGCGACAUUCACGAUCCAACUUCACGCAAGGGAGCGCAAUGUGUCAUCAACGUGCUGGGUUGGGAAAUGAACACUGCUUCUUUCGCCAUGUACACAUUCUCUCUGAGUGUGCUUGUCCAGGCUUUACUCGUUGUGACAAUGUCGGGGGCAGCGGAUCACGGCCAGUAUCGGAAGAAGUUGCUGAUAGGAUUCGCCAUUGUCGGAGCUCUUGCCACGAUGCUAUACCUGCCUGUGACGCCGAAUUACUAUCUCCUGGGGAGCUUGUGGGCUAUUGUUGGUAACGUGUGUGUCGGAGCCAGCUUUGUUCUGUUGAACUCAUUCUUGCCACUGCUUGUAAGGUGGCAUCCUUCGACACCAUCGGCUGAAUCCAUCAGCGAUAGCGAUGAUGACGGCAGAGAUUGGCAACACACUGACGAGGCUACGUCCGCUGAGCACCACCAAACUAGGAUGUUGGACUCUACAGCUGGUCUACUGUCAGCUCAUGACGGGUCCACACCUCGCCCAUCAAAUUCACCACCCUCACUGGAGAUGCAACUCUCAACCAAAAUAUCCUCCUACGGCGUCGGCAUUGGCUACAUCGCCGCCGUGGUUGUUCAAAUCAUCYCAAUUGUCAUACUCAAAUCGACCGGCGCCGACCUGUUCUCCCUACGUCUGGUGCUCUUUACCAUAGGCCUCUGGUGGCUGGUCUUCACGAUCCCAGCAGCUUAUCUCCUUCGACCUCGUCCUGGACCGCCCAUGGCAGCUUCCAAAUACACCGGCACGUCGCAAACUCGUCAGUGGCUUGCAUACAUUACAUUUUCCUGGACCAAUCUCUACCGCACCAUGCUCCGUGCUCGCCGCUUAAAAGACAUCCUCCUAUUUCUCGCCGCGUGGUUCAUGAUCUCCGAUGCGGUAGCAACCGUAAGCGGUACCGCCAUCCUCUUCGCCAAGACCACUCUAGGAAUGAACAGCUCCGCGCUCGCGUUGAUCAAUGUCAUCGUCACUAUAUCCGGAAUCUGCGGCGCUUUCACAUGGAGUAAAGUCAGCCGAAUGAUGAAUCUAUCGCCCUCCCAUACCAUCCUGACUUGCAUUUGUAUCUUUGAGUUGAUACCUCUCUAUGGUCUUCUGGGUUACAUUCCCUUCAUCCAGCGUCUCGGAACAGGAGGUCUGCAACAACCCUGGGAAAUGUAUCCCGUCGGCGCAGUCUAUGGACUCGUUCUCGGCGGUCUAUCCAGCUACUGUCGAAGUUUAUACGGAGAAUUGAUUCCUCCGGGAAACGAGGCGGCAUUCUAUGCUUUGUACGCCAUCACCGAUAAAGGCAGUUCUGUCUUCGGGCCUGCGAUUGUGGGCGCCAUCACAGAUGCUACGGGAGAUAUCCGACCCGCAUUCUUCUUCUUGGCGGUAUUGAUAGGCGCUCCUAUACCUUUGAUGUUUCUCGUGGAUGUGGAGAGGGGGAAGAGGGAAGGGUUGCGGUUAAUGCGGGAGGGUGUGUUGCUUGCUGAUGGAGGAGAGCAGGAUGUGGCGUAUGAUGUGGUACCGGGAGCUGAUAUUGAUCAACACGAUGAGCGCGAUGCCGAGCGGCGAUAG